AUGGCCAAUCCCUCCGGUGGAAGAAAGCCAAUCACACAUGUCGUUUUUGACAUGGAUGGUCUCUUGCUCGACACGGAGAAAUUCUAUACUGAAGUUCAGGAAAUUAUACUUGCUAGAUACAAUAAAACCUUUGAGUGGUCCCUCAAAGCAAAGAUGAUGGGAAUGAAAGCUAUAGAAGCUGCAAAGGUCUUUGUUGAAGAGACUGGAAUCAGUGAUUCACUUAGUGCUGAGCAAUUUCUUGUAGAAAGAGAAGAGAUGCUGAGGAGUUUGUUUCCAACAAGUGAACUUAUGCCAGGCGUUAGCCGUUUACUCAAGCAUCUACAUGCAAAAGAAGUUCCUAUUGCCGUGGCAACGGGUUCUCACAGGCGACAUUUUGAAUUGAAAACGCAAAGACAUGGUGAAAUGUUUUCUCUAAUGCAUCAUGUUGUUCUUGGUGAUGACCCAGAAGUUAAACAGGGAAAACCGUCACCUGAUGUAUUUCUUGCUGCAGCCAAGAGAUUUGAGGGUGGACCAGUAGAUCCAGAUAACAUACUUGUUUUUGAAGACGCACCCUCUGGAGUUCUCGCUGCUAAGAAUGCUGGGAUGUCAGUUGUUAUGGUUCCUGAUCCAAGAUUGGACAAAUCUUUUCAUGGUGCAGCAGACCAAGUUUUGAAGUCAUUGUUGGAUUUCAACCCCACCGAGUGGGGUUUACCUCCAUUUGAAGAUAAUGGAAGUUAA